AUGUCUCCUUCGGUUAUUCAUUCUGUAAUCGAUUUCUUUGUCAAACCAGAGUCAAUUGAAAAAGUACGUUCGAUUUUAUUAGGAAUUCUGGAACCAACACGGAAAGAAGACGGUUGUUUAAAAUAUAAAUUAUUUGAAAAUCUGAAUGAUCAUUGUCAAUUUACAUUUAUUGGAGCAUGGGAAAACGAAGAUUCAUUUGACGAUCAUCUACAAUCGGAUCAUUUUCGUAAAGCUGAUUCUGAUAUUAAAAAUGAUUUACAAAAAUCCAUUGAUGUAAAACGUUAUAGAUAUAUACAAACCGAUCCAACCAAAUUAUCCGAUACAAAAACGAGUGGAUUUUGUAUUCUAAUUUGA